AGCAUACAUCAAUUAAAAAUCCGACUAUUAACUUAUUUCGAUAUUGACCCGAUCAAUAGUUGUACGUAACCGAUAACUACUCGAAAAAUAAAGCUCGAACCCGAUUUGUGCCCGAAAAAACCGAACUAAUGUUAGACCGAUGACAACCCGAGCUCGAUUGACACGCGACUUGAAUUUCAACCGAUAACAAACCAGUUUGUACCCGAUAAUGCGAACAACCGUUGUUAAACCGACCCGUAAUUAACCAAUCUGAACCGAGUAUGACCCGUUGUUGCAUACAACCGAAAAUUUACCGAUGCGAAAUCCGACCGAGGCGAAUUACACCCAUCCAAAACCGACCCGAUGAUCCGAAUGAACACCUCUAAUUUUUUUGAUAAAUUGACUUAUACAUUUCAAAUUUUCCAAAAAGCCCCGAGCCAACUGCGCCUCUGCCAUUUCGUUGCUUUUUUUUCUUCUCCAUUUUUUAUCAUUUUUCACCGCCAUUUCUUUUGUGAGUGUAAGUGUUUUUUCCUUCAUUAUCUUUCUUUAAUUUUGUUUGUAGAACUGAUUUUUUUACAUUUCUAUUGUUUUGUAGUUGUAUAUUUGAUUUCAUUUUGAUUUUGAUUAUCACAUGAUUUCGUUUUGAAAUGUUAUUUUUUAUUUCAUUUCGCAAUUUCCUGUUGAAUCACUUCAUUUUUAGUACUUUUGUUUUUAGUAUUUUUUUUGUAUGUGUUUGAUUUCGAUUUUGUUAUUUUAAUAUGAAUUUCGUAAUUGAUUUUGUUUCUUGAAUCUGAUUUCAUGAUGUAUGUUUGUUUGGGUUUUUUAUUUAAUCAAUAUAUCUUUUUACAGAGAUUAAUACUCGUUUGAGUCAUAUCUUUACACUUUCUAUCUUGCGAGCCUUUUUCUCUACAAGUUCCAGACAUUUAGGCUAAGUCCUUAGACCUUACGUGUGGUUUUCUUUGUUUAGAGUUCUUAUUAGGCUUGUGGACUUAGUAGAGAGAAUCACAUUGUCCCCUGGGUGCUUAGAGUUCUCUGUUUUAGGUUGUUAGGGUGCUUGAAGAUCAUAGAUUAUGGUAUUUAAAGAGUGUUAUUGCAUGAUAGUUACUUUCUGAGUGUUUUUUAUUCUAUUUUUGAGUAUUUUUGUGUUGAAUCUGAUUUCAUGAUGUAUGUUUUUGUAUUUAUAUCCUCUAAGUUUUAUGGUUUUUUUUUUUUUUUUUUUUUUUUUUUGUUUACCUUAUUACCUACUUAGCAAUUGACAAUUGUGAUUAAUUAGUUAGAUAAAUUAGAGUUUGUAUGCUUGAUAGUUUAAAGGUUGUAUAAUUGUGAAUAAUUAGUUAUUUAAUUUGAUAGUUGUUGCUCAUAUUUGUAGGUUUAUUUUUUGGCUAUGGAUGACAUUGAAAUUAUUCUAGAUGAAGUUCGAGAAAUGUACAAAAAGAAUGAUUAUAUAAGAUGCUUACAAUUUAUUGAAAAUUUAGACAAAAAUAUUGUGAUGUCAAAUUUUGAGUUGUUCGAGAAGAAGCUUCAUUGUCUGUGGAUUUUAUAUAGGGUAAAGGAUGUAGUUAUGGAAUCAGAAACUUACUUAGCUUCUAAUUGUCCCAUAACAAGUGAUUCCACAACAAGUGUAAUUACAAAGCUUUCCAGUUCGGGCAAUAAAUUGUUGAGGAGGUUGGAAACAGUUGAAAAAACUGUUAAAAACAUGAUAGAUGAAGAGGAAUACAUGAAAUGUUGGAAUUAUCUUGAAACACUUGAUUCUACAACUGUUUACAAUAGUAUAUUUUUACUAGAUUCAAAGUUGAAUUGCCUCAUUAAACUAAACAGAGAAAAGGAUGCAUUUCUUCAAGCAAAAUCCUAUGUGGAUGCUUAUCUUCCUUUAACACCUCUUUGCUGUAGUGUUCUCGGUGAGGGCUAUGAACAAGAAGAAAAUUAUGUUCAAGCCUAUCAUUUCGUCAAUCAAGCUGCCAUGAUUGAUAUAGAUAAAAAGAAAGCCACAUUGGGUAGAUAUGUAGAAGAGUUUGAGAAACGAGCGAAAAUGAUCAUGGAUGAAGAGAAUUACAAUAAAUGUUUAGAAUAUCUUGAAAAAGUUGAUUCGCAUGCUGUCAAGUCAAGCUUCUAUUUGUUUGAAACGAAGUUGAAAUGUCUGUGUGAAUUAGAUCGAAAGACUGAUGCAUUUGUGGAAGCUAAAUCUUAUCAUGCUAGUGGAUUACGCUUAUCUAGUUAUAUUUGUCAAACUUUGGGCUAUGGCUUCCAGGGAGAAAACAAUUAUGAAGCAGCCAUCCAAUUCCACACGGAAGCUAUGAAGCGCUGUACAACUAAAAAAGAAAAGGCGAUAUAUCAUACACUCCUGAGAAAUUUGAGAAAGUUGAACAAAGACAAAAGAGAUGAAGAGAUUAAGGAGUUGGAUGAGUGUGUAGCCCAAAUUACACAAGGUGACAAUGAGAAUAAAAAAACCAAAGCAAUCAAAAACAAAGAUGUAGGAAAGGAUGACCAAGAAAAAAUAAAGCAAACUGAUUCAAGCUUUAUCAAAAACAAGAAAAAGAAAAAAAAGAAGAAAACCGAAGCAACCAAAAACAAUGAUAUAGGGAGGGUUGACCAAGAGAAAAUCGAACACAUACCGAAUGAAGAAGUGAAGAGUCAAUUGCCUGGUGAAUUUUACGAGGAGGAGAUUGAAGUUUUUUCUGAAAAACAUGAAAAGGAAACCAAGACUGGAAGAAAAGAGGAAGAAUCUGAAGCAUGUUCUAGUGACUUGACUCAAAGGUUUUCAAGCACUUGUCAGUUUAUAAUUGGUGCUCCCCCUCAAAGGGGCAUCUUCAAUGCUAUCAAAAAAGAUCGUUUUAGUACGUCAAAUGUCUCUUUCAUCAAAGCAAAUCAAAAACAGUUGGAAAAUCUUGACAUGUUAAAGACAUGGGGGUUUAAUCUUCCAUACAUGUUGAGGGUUGAGAGUGUUGAAGCUCCAAAUUUUAUGCAUCAAGAUGAUACACCAUUUCUUGUAGUAGAACAAGUUCAACCACUACGCAUGUUCUUUACCUCAAUGAGGACAGAGUUUCUUAAGAGCAAUCAAUCAUGCAAAGCUUGGUGGAGAUCAAUAAUGGAAAGGUUUCGUUUGAUAUUUAGAGAUAUAAUGUGUGGGAUUUAUUACCUCCAUUCUUCAAAUCGUGUGUGUUGUGAUUUUCACGAUUCCUUCUAUGUCACUAAGGAAGGAAGAGGGAAAAUUCUUCACAACUUCUCUCAUGAUUUCUCACAUGUACGUGCAAAAAAUGAUCUUAAGGAACUGAUGGCAUUGAUGGAAUUUGUUAUCAACGAUACGCCUCACCCAGGCAAUAGCAAAGAUUUUAAUAAGCUUCGUGUUUUGGAGAAUUCUUAUGAGCUUCCAUUUGAAUUGAUCCACUUCUUUAUGAUGCUGCACAAAUUUCGAAAUGCGGCAGUACCUUCAACUUAGGCUGAUUGAUCAUCCAUAUUUUUGGCAUGAUGAAUACAGAAUAACAUUUGUUAAAACCUUAAAAGAUUUGUUUAAAGAAAAUAAACUUCAGCUGUUGUUGGUUGAUAAAUUCAUCCCGGAUUUGUAUUUGGAGGAUUGUAUUCGUGCUUAC